GGCUCACUAACAGGAAGCCGUGAAAGGCGGAAACACGUCGCCUAUGUACCUCACGUGGUAAAAUGGUGGCGCACGGGGAUAAACAACAGGGCCACAGACCCGGUAUCUAUAAGCAGAAAAAUAAAGGACACAAACAUGGAAAACAUAGAACGAAAGGUGGUAUCGAGAGGGAAAAUAAAGGGCGGGUGUCAGUAACUGCCAUAACCAAAAAGCAGAGAAAAGAACAACGAAAGAUGGACAGAAGACACAAAGCCAGUCAGCUACGCAGGAACAAGAAAGACAUGGUCCUGACAGAAAAGAGACGUCUUGGCAGCAGGGACGGUCCUCCUCAUCUGGUGGCUGUGGUGCCUCUCCACGCUGCAGUGGAUGCUGGUGCUGUGACAAAACUCCUAAGAGAAGCAGCUGGAGGCAUCGUCCACCAGGAGAAGUGUGUCAGUGGCAUCAUGGACAGUUUUGGGCUGAUUGUGCCCCGGUUUAAACAGAGGUUCAUGUUUUUGAGCCACAGCACAAACGACAUGCACUCACUGUUGGAUGUGGCAAAGGUUGCAGACAGUCUUGUGUUCCUGCUGGACUCCGAUGAAGGCUGGGACAGUUAUGGAGAAUACUGUCUGUCCUGCCUCUUUGCCCAGGGCCUCCCCAGCUAUGCUCUGGUGUGUCAGGGUGUGGUGGAUCUUCCUGUUAAGAAAAAGGUAGAGUCAAGAAGAGCCCUGUCAAAGAUCACAGAGGUCCGGUUUCCUGAUACCCGCCUCUUUCCUCUAGACCUGGAGCAGGACGCCACUCUCCUUCUAAGACACCUGGGCACUCAGAAACAGAGGAAGCUUGGUUUCCGCUCAAGGCGUUCCCAUCUUUUGGGUCAACAGGUCACUUUCACACCCAACAGCCCAGUUGAGGGUACAACUGGUGGAAGGACUGGACUGGGUACGCUGUGUGUCUCUGGUUAUAUCCGUGGACGUCCGCUGCAAGUUGACAGACUGGUUCACCUCAGUGGCCAUGGAGACUUUCAGCUCAGUCAAAUCGAUGCCCCAUCAGAUCCACUUCCUUUCAACUCGACUGCCAGAGAAGUGAAGGCUGACAAAGGUGGUGAUGUUGACAUGAUGGGUGAAGGCGGAGAUGACGCUCCAGUGCAAGUGCUAAUGAAGGCAGACCUGUCCUGCAGGGAGAGUCUGCAGACUGAAGCUGAGGUUGACCCAAUGGAUGGAGAGCAGACGUGGCCGACUGAAUCAGAACUCCAGGAAGCUAAGGAACUGAGGAAGAACAAGCGGUUAAUGAAGGUUCCCAAGGGAACAUCUGACUACCAGGCCACGUGGAUCAUUGAUGAGGAUGGAGAGAACGAAGACUUGGAUGAGGAAAGCAGCAGUGAUGAUGAUGAUGAUAUUGACAUGAUGGAUGAAGCUAUGGAUGGAGAUGAUGAGAAUUUCUCUCAGGACGGUGAUUCAUGCGGUUCAGAAGAAGAAGAGGAGGAGGAAGAGGUAGAGGUGUCCCCAACAGAGCAUGUAGGAGAAGAUCAGCGCUAUGAUGAACACAUAGAUGAGGCUGCAGAGGAGGAAGGCCUGAAAAGAUAUCGUGAGGCUCGAGCAAAUGAAACGUUUCCAGAUGAGGUGGACACGCCCCUUGACAUGCCAGCUAAAACUAGGUUCCAGCGUUUCAGAGGCCUCAAAAGCUUUCGAUCCUCACCCUGGGAUCCAAUGGAGAACUUGCCACUCAACUACUCGAGGAUCUUCCAGUUCCAGAGCUAUGAACGCACUCGGCGCCGCAUUCUAGCUGAGAAUGCAGCUACAGAAGAGGGAGCCACGGUUGGCCGUUAUGUGACUCUGCACAUUGCUGAUGUGCCUUUUUCUGUGAUGGAAAGUGUCCAUGCUGGAAAACCUCUGGUGUUGGUCUCACUCCUGCCUCAUGAACAAAGGAUGUCUGUUAUGCACGUGCUGGUGAGAAGACAUCCCAGCAACACAGAACACAUAAAGGCUAAAGAUGAGUUGAUUUUCCACUGUGGAUUCCGACGAUUUAGGGCGUCUCCUGUCUUCUCACAGCACACCUCAGCUGACAAACACAAGAUGGAGCGAUUCCUGAGACCUGACACUCCCACUGUUGUGUCCCUGUACGCUCCCAUCACGUUUUCUCCUGCAGGAGCACUGCUCUUCAAACAGAGAAGUGAUGGAGUCCAGGACCUGGUGGCCACAGGCAGCCUGCUCAGCUGUGACCCCCGGAGAAUUGUGUUGAAGAGGAUCGUACUGAGUGGACACCCGUUCAAGAUCAACAGACGCUCUGCUGUUGUCCGUUACAUGUUCUUCAACAGAGAUGACAUCAUGUGGUUCAAGCCAGUGGAACUGCGUACGAAGUGGGGGCGCAGAGGUCACAUAAAAGAACCUCUAGGAACUCACGGACAUAUGAAGUGCGUUUUCGACAGCCAGCUUCGCUCGCAGGACACCGUGCUGAUGAAUUUGUACAAGAGAGUGUAUCCUCCAUGGACGUACGACCCAUACGUACCAGUGCCUCUACCCUGGUUCCAGACAGAGAGCAGUGCAGUGAUAGAAGAUUCAGACAUGGAGUAAUCUUCACAUAUCAGAAACGAACAUAUGUCACAACAAAUGUAUGAAGUAAAAAUAUUCUGAAUCAUU